CCAUCGCUCACUUGCUUCCCCUCGCUCAGGGGAAAGGUCAGCAGCGUCCUGGAGCCGCCGUGUCACUCCCCGACAGCCAUGAACUGCAGCGAGAGCCAGCGGCUGCGAACCCUCCUGAGCCGCCUGCUGCUCGAGCUGCACCACCGGGGCAACGCUAGCGGCCUGGGCGCUGGCCCCGACCCGAGCAUGGGCAUGGGGGUCGUGCCUGACCCCUUCGUGGGCCGCGAGGUGACCAGCGCCAAGGGCGACGACGCCUAUCUCUACAUCCUGCUCAUCAUGAUCUUCUACGCCUGCCUGGCCGGAGGCCUCAUCCUGGCCUACACCCGCUCCCGCAAGCUCGUCGAGGCCAAGGACGAGCCGUCCCAGGCCUGCACCGAGCACGAGUGGGCCCCGGGUGGCGCACCGGCCGCCACCGACGCCGAGACUGCCGCCGGCUCGCCGGCCGAGGGGCGCCGCCUCGCCCCCGGGGGGCUGCCCGCCCUCGCCCAGGGCACCGUGGGGGUCUAGAACCACUGCCCCAGCUUGCUCGCUGGCACCCGCCUCAUCUCGCUUGUCCCUGGGCACGGCGCCCGCCUUUUCCUUUCCUCCCCUUCCAGGCUUCGCCUCACCUGAGGCCCAGACAAUGAUGAGAGGCCAGGAGACCUUGUCUGGAAGGCCCUGGAAGAAGUACAACCCUACGCAUUCCCCGCCAGUUUCUCCCUCCUCUCCCCUCAUGCCUCCACCCCCACCCCGCACAUCCAACUGCACUAAACUGCCUCUGCUCUCUUGUCUGCAGACAGCCCUGACACCACGCUCCAGCACUCUGGGAACUGAAUCCAACACAUCCAACACUUGGCAUUGAACUGAAGCAAUGAAGUCUAUCAGAACUCGGGGCCGUCUAACCGGCAGCUGUUCCAGGGACUGCCAGGGACUGCUCACUCCGCAGAGCCAAUGGGCUUGCCAUCUCUGCCAGGCCGGCUGCAGCAGCUCCAGCUUCCGGGCGCCUUAGGGACAGAGACAAAGAAAAUGAAGAGACCUCAGACAUCUCUUCCUUCCCUCCCUCUUUCAGAAGGGAACUAGCAGGAGACUAGGACCAGUCUGUGGGAUAGAACCGACUUAAUGGGGACUGGAGAGGGAGGGGGCUCAAAGAGGAGGGAAGACCUAUGACCCCUUCUGUAUGGUUUUCUUGCAUCCAGUUGUCAUCCCAAAGGUAACUUGCCUGAUUUUUAGUAGCUUUGCCAUCUUCUGCCAUGGGUAAACAUUGCUGGGUGCAUCACCCCAAUGCUUCCAAAUGCCUCUCCUGUACUGGUUCAGUUGUUAAGGCAGCUGUCUGCUUCAUUCAUGGAACAUGAGGCUCAGACGUCGCCUGCUCUGUAACCUGGGGAAUGUCAGAGGCAGGUAAUAAAGUUUGUUUAAACAAAAACCUAAGACUCUUUUCUCAAAGAUCCCAGCCUUGAGACCCAGGACUAUAUAGAGAAGGAAUCCUUUUUGCUCUUGGAAAUGCUGUUUAGAUUUGGGAGUUAGGUUGUGGUGAUAUCUAUACAACCAGUUCCAAUGCAGUAGAUGUCAUUGUGGGUGAAGACAAGGUUUAUAUGGCUAAAUGGAUUGUUUUUUCAAGUGUUUCAAAAGUUGUAACUGUUUUAUUACUUCUCUUCUCCUUUUUCCUUAAUUCUGAAGCACUUUCAAAUAUCAUAAUGCUAAAUAAGGAUUUCCCACUUUCCUUUUGCCGUUUUUCAGGAUACACUUAAAAUAAAAACCUCUCAUACCCAUCACUGU